AUGCGAAGUAAGAUCGCGUCGAUCGCGAGGGAAGUCGAUGAAAAACGAGCAAAGGAGCGACGACGGAGCUGCCUCGUAUUGGCUAUCAAGUUUCUGCGGGAUUCGGGACUUACCGAGGCCGCCGCCUGCGCUUCAAGGGAAUCUGGAUUGAACGAACGCUUUCAAGUUGCUGACAACAUCGCCCUCGAGCUCAUCGUCAAGGACUUCGAGGAUUACCACGCUUUCAAGUACGGUCAGAGGCCUGUCAUCGUCAAGAAGGCCGUCUCAGAAGGGCCCUCGCCGACGGCCUUGCCCGAUUCUUAUCCUCGUCCUAACGCGUUGGUCACGACAUCCCCGCAACGUCGUAGUAUUCCUACGAAGGCCUCACCUCCCGAGGGGACCGGCUCCCUCGGGUAUCAAAAUGAUGCCGAGAUGCGUGAGCUAGCACAGAGCAUUUGUCGGGAUAUUCUCACGCGGAAGCCGCUGGUCAACUGGUCGGACGUGAUAGGGUGUGAGGACGCCAAGCGAGCCGUGAAGGAGGCUGUAGUCUUCCCGCUGAAAUUCCCCGACCUUUUCCAUGGCCCCCUCCUGUCCGAGUCGUGGCGUGGCGUAUUGCUCUUUGGCCCCCCAGGAGUUGGCAAGACUAUGCUCGCUAAGGCCGUUGCCACCGAGUGCGGCACUACCUUCUUCAACGUCAGCGCUUCGACAGUCGUCAGCAAGUGGAGAGGAGACUCAGAGAAGCUCAUCCGGUGCCUAUUCGAAUUGGCUCUAGCUCAACAGCCUUCAACCAUUUUCAUCGAUGAGAUCGAUUCGCUCAUGUCCCAGCGUGGAAGUGGCGACUCCGAGCAUGAGGGAAGCCGUCGGUUGAAAACAGAACUCCUCAUACAGAUGGACGGCCUGACUCGAAGGAGCCGUGAGAAAUGCCAUGUGUUCGUCCUAGCGGCCAGCAACUUGCCCUGGGACCUCGACAAGGCUAUGCUUCGACGGCUGGAAAAGAGGAUACUCGUCGACUUCCCCGAUAAGUCGUCUCGACAUACGAUGGCGAGGACAUUCCUAAUGGAGUAUGUGUGCGAGUCUAAUCUCGAUAGCAUAGCUCAAGAAGUGGCCUCGCGGACAGAGGGGUGGUCGGGUGACGACAUCCGACUCCUCUGCAAAGAAUCUGCUAUGAUACCACUCCGUCGUCACUUCGACUCGCUGACUACCGACAGCGUGCCUGUACGUUCGGUCACGUAUGAUGAUGUACUCGAGGCGUUCCAAAGAGUAGGGCCGGCGGGUGGGGACGGUCAUGGCAUGAGCCAACGUUAUCGGCGAUGGGCUGAUCAAUUCGGCUCCGUCUGA